GCCGCUUGGCGAGGCUGGACAGACCUGAUGAGGAGGGCAGAGUGGAGGAAGUCUCUCUCUUACGGUCAGCAGGUAAACCAGUGGAUGCUGGCUUCAGGAGGACAGCAGGGGCUUUGGGCUCUCCACCCUGGCUCUUUGAUCCGAGAGCAAUGAAAUCUCCUGGUGGAGGAUGACCUGGGAAAAGCAGCCGUCACAUGUGUCUUCUGUGAGAUUCUGGCCAGUUGUCUGCAUGCAGGGAAUGACGACUCAUUUCAAGACGAGCAAAGCUUUAAAGGUCAAGAGGGAGGUGGGCGAGAAUGCCCCAGCGCUCAGCGACGAUGAGUUGGUGGCCAUGUCGGUGCGGGAACUCAACCAGCACCUUCGUGGGCUGACCAAGGAGGACGUUGUGCGGUUGAAGCAGCGACGACGGACCCUGAAAAACCGGGGCUACGCUGCCAGCUGCCGCAUCAAACGCGUCACCCAGAAGGAGGAGCUGGAGAGACAAAAGUCAGAGCUGCAGCAUGAGGUGGACAAGCUGGCCCGAGAGAAUGCCAGCAUGAGGUUGGAGCUGGAUGCCCUGCGAGCCAAGUAUGAGGCCCUGCAGUGUUUUGCCCGGACUGUGACCCGUGGGCCCCUCUCGCCGGGCAAGGUGGCCACCACUAGCGUCAUCACCAUCGUCAAGUCCGCAAACCACAACUCCAGCCCGACCCCUUUCUCAGCUCCCUCCUAGUGUUAACAGGACUGGGCUCUCCUCCUCCUGCCUGGUCCUUCCUGGUUCUGACCCAGCCUGAACCCACUCAUCCUGUACUGAGAGGACGCUCAGUAGUUAAACUGAGGGAUUGAAUGGGAUGGCAAGCUCGAUGUGAUAUUAUGCUGCAUUUACAACUAUGUCUCCCUCCUUCAGUCUCUUACACAAUCUACAAUGCCUGUGCACCGUGCAAACCCUCUUCCCCGACCCCCAGCACCGGCAGGGUAUUUUGCCUCUGUGACCCUUCUUCCAUGACUGAUAGAGAUUUGCCUUUACUCCAGUGUGAAAAAGUAUAUGACAUGCCUUACUGUGGCACUUAAUGCUGUUAAGCGUGAAACAUGAGAUUUUGGUAGUACAUACCGUAUGUGAUAGUGAAGCUAUUUGUAAAGCCUAUGCCAAAUCACAUUUUUUAGAGUUGUCUCUAUGUAAAUUGAGCCUUUGAAGCUGUUGCCUUAAAAAGGAUCUAUGAGUGAUCUUUCAAAAUUAUUAUUCAAUACUUUGUAGAAUUGAAUAGUGUAUGUAGUUUAACAGGAAUUAUCGUUCCAGCUUUGAGGUCAGGUAGACACCUCUUCAUAGCCACAGUUACCAGUGGUCUCCAACCAGUUGCCUUUAAGAGCCAGCCAAACACCACAGUUGUGUUCACUGACUAGCUCUCUCCUCUUUUGGAAGGUGCUAAGCAGUAAAAACACCUGUUGUAGAGUACAUGGCUCUCUAUGGCCUGUUUGGAGAGCACUGCAUUAUGCAGUUUGAUAAUUGACCAGUGUUUAGCUAAAGGGCUCUACUCGUGAUACGCUAGUGCUUAUAUUUUUGUAUUGGCAAAUUUGUAUUCUGUGGUCAGUCAUGCCAAAUAGCUUAUUUAGUAUUUAGGAAGGAAUAUUGGAGAACAGCAGUCGGUGCACUCCAGUAAAGGCACUGUGUGGAUGGUAGUCUAAUUUGGCAGUUUUUAAGUAAGACUUUUCAUUUGUGUUUGAAAAGUUUAAAACUCAACCAUUAGGCCAGAAUUUGUAUGCAAGCUUUUGCUAGACUACAUCGACUCUGGUUGUAAAAUAUUAUAAAAGGCCCUUUGUGCCUUUUUAGCUCAGAUUGGCAACUCAUCCAUUGAACACUUGACUUGUUAGAAUGUUGUUUGAGAAAUUGUUGAAUUUCUCAGUGGGGCUGAAAAAUGUUGAGUACAGUUAGCUACGUUGUUGAAGACAUUGGAGGGUAUUGGGCAGGUGCUGCAAAUGAUUCUGUUUUUUGUACCUUUGUGGCCUUUUGACUAGAGAAAUCACUCACAAUUUCUGCUUCUAACAUUUUGAAAUGCAAACGAGGUGAAUACUUGUUUUUCACAUAAUUGAAAUGCUCAGAAGAUUUGACAUCGACCAUCAUUAUAGCACUUAAAAGGAAACUGUUAAGAGACAGUAUAAAAGAAAAUUCACAGGGCAACUGGUGCCUGGAAUAGGAGAAGUUGAGAGAAGUUGUUUUUGCAUUUCUGAAGUUACUGGGGCUUUAUUGCAUAAUGAUUAAAUGUGUGUGACCCCCUACUGAAAGGUCAAGUCUAAUGUAUAUGCAAGGAUGGUAUGCUCUCUAGUAUGUAUGCCGCAGCACUGAUUGGGUGAUGUCUUUUUCCUUUAUAUGCCACUCUUUGGUAGGUAAUCCAUAUUGGAUACAGUGAUAAUGAGAGAGGUCCUAACAAGUGAAAUGCAAUUCAACGUACUUCCUGUAUAUUACAGAUUACCAAAAUGAUAAAACGCCCACUGCCUCAGUUGUCACUUUACAUUGAGAACCCCGUCCAAAUAGAAAUCAUUCCUACUGCUGGGUCAUGAGAAGUGCUGCUGCUGGUGUUGGUAACUCUAAACAGUUGCUAUUUACCUUGCUUUUGACACACUCUUCUGCAAGAGAACUCCUGACACCUAUCUCUAGAAACAGUGGUGUCAAGACAACUACAUGCAGUAAACACCUUUCCUCCUGUUGUACGUUUUGAGAUAUUUAAAUAUGAAAUUCACUUGAAAUCAAGCCGUUCUUACCGAGGAUCCAUUCCUAAUUUGGAGUGAAGUCAAUAGAGAUCGUUCAUGUCAGGAUUUUCUCUUGGCUAAGAGGACAUGACUGGUCUUCCCCUGUUCCAUAGCUGCAAAGAACAGUAUGGGGAACUUUGCUGCUGUACAACCUGCUGUGAUUUUAAGCAGGGGCAUUGCUGUGUUCUUACACGUAUUUUGUAUUUUCACUGUUUCUAUGUUGACUCAUCCUAUGUUCUGUUUCUGAUACUUAGUUAUAUAUAUAUAUAUGUGUGUCUGUGUGUAUAUACACACACACACACACACACACACACAGAGUAUAUAUACGCAUAUUUGUACAGUAUAUAUACACACAGUAUAUAUAAAAACAUAUUUUUCUAUAUUUAUGUAUUUUACUAUCCUGGGAGUGGUGUGAUUAUGUAAUCAUUCUUUGAAGUCUAAUUACGCUGAUGCUGACCUUUUUCUGAAAAAGUUGUAUUCCCAUAUACAAUGAGAAAACAGCUCUCAUAACUUCAGUCUUCUUUGAGUAUUUAUACCCCAUGAAUAGUUUUUCCUCAGCACAUUUACUAUUUGUCUAAUUCACAAAUUGGACAGACCGUGACUAGGGUUACAUGUAGCUGCAGCUAAUUAUCUGUCACAGUCAAGACAGUUUAAAAACAGGGAAAUUACAUUAUGACUGCAGGUUCACAUUGUUAGUAAAGAACACAUGUGCAUCUAUCAUAUUUUACUCCAUAACUUGGAAAUCUGUUAUAAUAUUGCAGUGUCAACAAACACCACAAAUUAAAAUGUACUUCAGUGAGGUUUGAAAUCAAACUAUAUAUGCAAAAGGAAUUCAAAGGUAACACAUUCUACAUAAUUUCUAGAUCAAUUUGGUAGAAAUCUAUGCCAGACAUUUACAUUGGCAACCAACAAUUGCACAUAACUCAAUGCAAGAGCACAUUGGUUUGAAAAUUGCCCAAUGAUGUUAAUGCUAAGAAACCUUACCAGAAAAGCUUAAGACUCUCCACCUGUUAUGUUUAAGGUCUGUUUUAAGCCUGAAUCAAGACUGAGUCAGAACAAUAUAGAUACACAUUACAUGUUUACAUAAGUCAUUUCAAGCACAUUAUCUUACAAGACAAUUCAGCUUCAAGCAUUUUCUGACAAACAUUACAGUGACCUCUUGUGGUGAACUUUCAAAACAGAAUGCUGUAAAAUAAAGCCUUGUUAAAUUUUAGCACUUAUUACUGUAUUUGGAUCUGAGGUAGAUGCAUUAUGGCAGCACACCCUAAAACAUAAUGUCAAAGGAUAUAUUUCAGUACAGUUGCAUGUAAAAGACAAACCUCUCUCCAGGUGAAUUAAGUACUUUGUUGUUAAUCCAACAUCCAGUGUGACCAAGUAGAGGUUCAUUCAUGCUCUCAAAACACAUGUUGCUCUUAGGUCAGCUUACCACAAGCAAAUAUAUGCCAGACAUAAUAUUUUCUAUAAGACACCUUUUUGCUAAAAUAAAAGCAGACCUGCUAAAAGUCAAGUUCAAAUAAUUUUAGGGUGCGUUUAACAGAAAUGUAGACACGAUUAUGGUUGAAAAGGAGGCAUAAACAUUACCUACCAUGAUGUUUACUAACCUUGGACUCAGCAGCCUCCUUUCUUCUGAAGCUUGUUCUACCAAGGAGUUGUAAUGGAACUGUUUAAGAUAUCAGUGGUUAUUUUACAUUUUUAUAUGAACCAUGAAAAAUGCAAAUGUAUGUAUAGAAAUGACAUUGCUUGUAUAUCUUGACUAGGUAUUCAAGGUUAUUAAUUUAAAAGUUCUUCCUGAAAACAUGUCUUUGAUUAAAUAAGCUUUCACACACACACACACACACACACACACACACACACACGCUUAGCCAGCCCUACAAGCUACAGUAUUUAAUUUUAGCCAUGUAGAAAGUCAGUUUUAGUAUUAAUAGAAGGAAUUGAGCACAUGUAUAGAUGAUAUGGUUGUGGGUGAAAUACAUUAAAUCUUAGUUCAACAGCAGCGGUUUCUAUGUUAAUUUUGUACUUUACAGAAAUAGAUUUCCUUGUUCUUGUGGUAACAUGUUGAGGCUUAAUGACCGUCAAUGACGAGGACAGUAAUAAGGCAGCAUAAAGUGAGUAUGUACCCUUCACAACUUGUCAUUACUCUGCUCAUAUAUUUUAUAUUUAUUUCAUUGAAUUGUGUAAUUUUAUAAAAAAACAAAACCACACCUAAAUUAUUUUACAUUCAUUUAUUUACAUUUUUUCCUCAAUGAACUACCCUCAUGUACAAAUAAAAUCUGUAUUUGUUUCUGCUCUGAUUUAAAGUAUGGUAAAUUAUUCCUAUAAAAAGACGUCUGCUGUGUCUGUUUUUGUACUUUCAAAUAAAGCUUUUUCCUCAGUGA